AUGAAUUUAAAUAUAAAUUCUAUUGAUAAUGAUUUGUAUACGGAUGCGGAUGCUCGUGAUCGAUAUGAUGUGAUUGAAGCGGAAAAAACUUGCACAAUUGAGCAAUAUCAAUGUAUUAGCGGUGAAUGCAUCGAAAGAGUGGCGCAAUGUGACGGAAAAACGGAUUGUUCUGAUGGUUCCGAUGAAAUGCUUUGUCAUCCGGUACCACAAAAACAUCAACUUACAAAAACAUCCACAUUCAAACCGGUUACUUCUCCGAAAGGUAAAUAA